GCCCUUUAAACACGCAGACAUCCAGAUUCCAUCUUCGAAGUCCUUCACAAACCCUAGAAAGGGAAAGGCUUCUUUGGAAAUUUGUUUGUAUUGGUCGCAAGAUAAUUCAUGGAGAGGAAUGUAACUAAGAAAUCUGGUGAUCAUUCUCCUAAUGGUAGUACGAGCGAGGAAGGCCUCGUGGAGAAACUUCCUGUUGAGAUUAUUGGAGAGAUAUUGUCUCGCGUAGGAGCUGUACGAGAUGUCAUCAGAGCUUCUCUAACUCGUCGCAAGUGGCGAGAAGCUUUUUGCAAGAACCUUCACACACUCUCGUUUGAUAUUUCUGAUGGUGAUCAUGUCUACCAUGAACUUCCUACGCCUGACUUGGAAGUGUUGAUCACAAAGACCUUAUUUCAAACGACUGGUGUGCGAAAACUAUCCAUUGCAACUCACUGGCACAAGGUUUCAGCUGUUGCAGCGUUGGGCUGGUUAAUGUUCACUAGAGAAACAUUGUCGGAGUUGUUUUAUGGGGUUUUCACUUCUCCCACUAUUAGUGUUCUUGAUAUAUGCGGAAGGCAGAAACUCAAAACCCUGAGUUUAUAUGUAGAAACAAUUAUCGGGUUGAACCAGUCUUCCAUCGAUUCCCCUGUUUGACAUCACUUUGUCUGAUUCAUUGCCAUACUUCAGAAGAGGAUUUAAACCGACUCCUUCUGGGGCUUCCCAAACUUGAGUGUUUGGAGCUACGUGACCCUCAAUUUCGAUUCGAGGAUGAGUAUUUUCAUGAAGAAGUAACAGUCAAAUUGCAUUUACCUACAUUAAAGACUCUUCUUUUCAUUGGCGUCAUUGUAUUUGAACUUAUUUUGGAGACCUGUGAUAUUGGAUAUUUGCAUGUGAACGACUCUUGUUUUGGCAUAUUUAAGGUUCAUGGCAGUAAAAACUUGAGGCACCUCAAGAUUUCUAAAUCACAUUUUUCACUUCUUGAAAUUGAAGAGGGUGACAAUCUAGAGAUUUUAGAAUUCGUCACCAGUCAUGUCGUUCAGUCAAAUUUGUUCCCGAUGAAGGUUCAAGCACCAAAGUUGAAAAUGUUUCGAAUUUGGCGUUUUAUUGGGGAACGCAUGAGAUUUUAUGGAGAUGCUACAAUAAUUUUUGAUGGGUCCGAACUAGUUGUGGAUUUAGACCAAAUUGCUGUUUGUUCGCCCCAGCUCAACCAUCUUUCAAUACUCUAUGAUGUAGAUGAGCCUGUCAACUAUAGCAUUAGAGGAUUGUCUCCCUUGGAGAAUGUGGUCAUCCUGGAUGUUGGAUGGGAAUGUUUUAAUUGGGAUUGUAUUGUUGACUUCACGGAAUGGACACAGAAGGUGCUGAAGUGCUGUCCAAAUCUUAGGAAGUUGAUUGUCCAUGGAAAGGUUCUAAAAUCGGAAGAUCCCGAGUAUUUCAUGAGUCUUGCAGAGCACACCUCAUCGAUGUAUGAAAUGUUGAGUAAGUAUCCACAUAUAGAAGUGAAGUUUACAUACAAUGUUGAGACCUUGCAGAACACACCUCUUCAGUAUGGCUUCGGAGCCAUCUGGUGAUUGGGCAGGCAGAGAAGGUGCUGCUUUAUCCAUGUCCCAAAUGUUAGGAAGUAUCCGCAUUUCGACUUCUACCUCAAAGCUGGGAGAUUGCUGCUGCCAAACAAACCAACACUCCCAAUUUGCAUAUUAAAGCAGGUUAACAGUUCUGUUGGAUGACAAGCACGCGUUCUCCGCUGUUGCAUCUGUGGGCUGGUUUUUGCUCACAAGAGAAUCAUCGUCGGAAUUGUUUCAUAAGGUUAGCACCUCUUCCUCUAACAUCAUUUGCAUGAGCGGAGCGUGUCUUUUAACAGAGAGGGUGAAAUACUUGUUGACGAGUCCGGAUUAACUGUGGAUUUAGAACGAAUGGCUGUAUGUUCCCCACGACUGAGCCAUCGUGCUGCUGGUGCAUUGUCCAUGCCUUUUUGUUACUGCGAAAAAUUCCCCGUGGGGUGAAACGUGGGGAAGUACCCGCGCAUAGAAGUUUGCGUCUUAAGCGGGUAAAAAUUGGAUCUUCUAUUUAGGACUCUUGUUGGUUAUAAUCCUUCUUGGCCAUGAAACUUCUAUGUAACAUUUUGAACAUAUGCUCCUAAAACUCUCAUUUCUUGAAAAUCUUGUGCCCUUUUAUCUAUCUAUCUAUAUGAUUGUCUAGCAGUGAAACCAAAGUGUCUCUCUUGUGCAUCAAAAAUUGUUUAUUUUAAUGAAAUGUGACGAGUCGU